AUGCGAUAUAGAUUACCGUUGCAAAAGCUUUUUGGAUUAUGGGAACAGAUUAGAAGUAAUAUCAGUGGCGAUAUUGUAAUUGUUUUCCACAAGCCAUAUUGUAGGAGCCGUAAGAUAACAUAUUCCGGGAGCAUUAAAGGCUACGAAGUGGGACAAUUGGGCGGCAGUGAGGUGGAAGCAAGACGAUUUGCGGCGGUUAUCAAGGUUUUGAAGACAAUGAUCGUCAAUCUCGUACAGGAUCGAACCACCACCAAGAGAGAUGUGUAUUAUCAGGACGUUGGGUUGUUCCAGAAAUCACAGCCGUUUGCCAACGAGUUGAUUGAAUGCAUAGUGGGGUCGCUAGGAAUGUGCGCUGAGAAGGACCUCAAGAUAUUUGCGUCGCAGAAAGGGCUUAUUUUUGGCAACAUGCGGUUUAGACGGAUGGGAAUUGAGUGUGAGUUGGACGAGCCAGUGUUGAUACCGCGCACAAACGAGUUGGAAGCCGUUGACCCUCCGAAGGGCAUUGUAGUGAUCGAAAAAGAGGCAGUUUUCAAGUCGUUCUGUAAGUAUAUCCAAAACAUAGAUGUCAGUUUGAUUGCCGUGACGGGCAAGGGAUUCCCAGAUAGCCUCACGAAGCGGUUUGUGGGAUCAUUGGGCGAAACAUAUCCCAAAGUACCAAUAAUGGCGUUUAUGGAUUCCGAUGUGUAUGGUCUAAGUAUCUGCAAAAACUACAAGUAUGCCAAAAACUUCGAUUCGGUCGUCUGUCCGAAGUUAACGUUUGCCGGGGUUUUUUUAACGGAAUAUGCUAGUGGGUGGUUAGAUAUUUCGGCUAGAGAUUGGAGAAUGAUGAGUAAUUUCAUUAGAGACAUUAAGCUGCUACAAAGGCCUGUUCCAGAAGAGCAAGAAUUGAACAAAUGGCACAGAGAACUUACAAGAGGUUUGGUUCUAUUUAAAAAAUCCGAAAUGAACAUAGUGGAUUCCUGUCCUAAUGAAUAUAUUUUGAGAAAAAUCAAGCAAUACAUUCAGUAG